AAAAGGCAGCGACCUGGAAGGAUUCGAGGAUAGUGAUGAUGGCGACUUUGAGGGGUUGGAGGUGGACUAAAUGUCUGACGAGAGCAGUUCUGAAGAAGAGGAGCCAGAGAAGACCAAGCCCAAUAAGGGAGAGGACAUACCUAAAGGGAUUGAUGAAAUGUCUGACAGUGAGGAAGAUGGAAAGAAGACACCGGUGCAGGUGGAAAAGAAAAAGAAAGACAGCAGUGGCGAGUCCGACAGCUCAGAGGACAGUGAUAUUGAAGGAGAGGCAGCUUCAGCACUGUUCAUGGUGAAGAAGCGCACUCCUCCUAAGCGAGGGGGUGGUCGUGGCUCAGCAGGUAGUUCAAGGACAGGAAGUCGACCUGGCACAUCUUCUAUUGACAACGCUGCCACUUCCAACACACUUCGUGCUGCUGCCAACAAACUGGAGCAAGGUAAGCGUCAGACAACUGUGCCCAGCUCAGAGACUCCAGCGGUGAAGAGAUUAAAGAUGGAGCCCAGCCCUCAGAGCUCUUCAGGAAAGGGCACACCCCAACCAGUGUCAGGAAAAUCCACCCCCAUCUCCAGUGAUGUGCUGCUGACAGAGGAUGCCGUGUGCAGGUAUCUCAUCAGGAAGCCCAUGACCACUAAAGACCUGCUGAAGAAGUUCCAGACUAAGCGCACAGGCCUCAGCAGCGAGCAGAUAGUCAACGUGCUCGCCCAGAUCUUGAAGAGGCUCAACCCAGAGAGGAAGAACAAUGACAAGAUGCACUUCUACCUCACAGAGUGAGCCCAGCUGAGGAGAGAGUGAACCUGAGUGCCCAUCACCAGCAGCCUCUCCUUUAAGAACACAGCUUAGGUUGAUCUUGAUCUGAAAUUUGUCGUUUUGCUUUCUACCAUUCAGCAUGUAUUAACAGUAGUACUUAAGUGCUGUUAAUUGAUGCUGGAAGUCCAAAGAGUAAAAAGACGAAGAAGACUGAGAAGCAAGCAAUGGAGUAGGUUUUUGUAACGGAUAUAGGAAAGAUGUGUUUGUAAACUCCACAUUUGUCUGUUAAUGACAAGUUGAAUAUUAGAGAGAAACUGGGUAAUAUCAACACAAUGAUCUUUCAAGAAAACCUGCUGAAUUGAGUAACUUUACCCAGAGAUUACAAUCGCAUCUGAGGAUUUUAUUGCACAUUC